AUGGGGAGCGAGAGCAAUCGCAGCGGCGCGGACCGGACGGUGGGGGAGGAGGAGAAGAAGAAGCGCGGGGAGCUGUUCGAGGUGCCGGAGAUCAAGUUCACCAAGCUCUUCAUCAACGGAUCCUUCGUCGACGCCGCCUCAGGCCGGACGUUUGAGACCAGGGACCCGCGCACAGGGGACGUCAUAGCCACCGUCGCCGAGGCUGACAAAGUGGACGUGGACUCGGCAGUGAGGGCAGCCAGGGACGCCUUCGAUCAUGGCGAGUGGCCACGCAUGUCUGGAUCCGAACGGGGGCGGAUCAUAGCGAGGUUCGCCGACCUGGUGGAGCAGCACGCGGACGAGCUGGCGGCGCUCGAGAGCCUGGACGCCGGGAAGCACCCGGCCAUCACCAAGGCCGUCGACUUCGGGAACGCCUUGGGAAGCCUGCGGUACUUCGCCGGCGCGGCCGACAAGAUCCACGGCGAGACGCUCAAGAUGCAGGCGCAGUUCCAGGGGUACACCCUGCGCGAGCCGCUCGGCGUCGCCGGGAUCAUCAUCCCCUGGAACUUUCCCUCCACCAUGUUCGCCAUCAAGGUCGCCCCCGCGCUGGCCGCCGGCUGCGCCAUGGUCGUCAAGCCCGCCGAGCAGACGCCGCUCAGCGCCCUCUACUUUGCCCACCUCGCCAAGCAGGCGGGGAUCCCGGAUGGCGUCAUCAAUGUCGUGCCUGGCUUCGGUUCAACGGCGGGAGCUGCACUCGCGUCUCACAUGGACGUUGACAUGGUGACUUUCACUGGAUCCACAGAGGUUGGGCGCCUCAUAAUGAAGGCCUCCGCGGAGAGCAACCUGAAGCCUGUUUACCUCGAGCUCGGCGGCAAGUCCCCGCUCAUCAUCUUCGACGACGCGGACCUCGACAUGGCCGUCGAGCUCGCCGUCAGCGCCAACUUCGUCAACAAGGGAGAAGCCUGCGUCGCUGCGAGCCGUGUGUACGUGCAGGAACGCAUCUACAGCAGAUUCGAGGAGAAAUUGGCAGAGAGGAUGAAGAGCUGGGUCGUGGGAGACCCUUUCAGUGAUCCUCGUGCCGACCAGGGCCCUCAGGUGGACAAGGUUCAGUAUGAGAGGGUGCUCAGCUACAUCGACCAUGGCAAGCGAGAAGGGGCCACUCUUCUGACCGGAGGGAGACCCUGUGGCCAGAAAGAGAAAGGUUACUACAUUGAGCCCACAGUUUUCACCAACGUCAAGGAGGACAUGGUCAUAGCAAAGGAGGAGAUCUUCGGACCUGUCAUGUGCCUGAUGAAGUUCAAGACGGUGGAGGAGGCGAUCGCUCGGGCGAACGACACUCGGCACGGGCUGGGCGCGGGGGUGGUGACCCGGGACCUGGACGUGGCGAACCGGGUGGUGAGGGCGGUGCGCGCCGGGGUGGUGUGGGUCAACUGCUACUUCGCCUUGGGCAGCGACUGCCCCUUCGGCGGCCGCAAGAUGAGCGGCUUCGGCAAGGACGAGGGCAUGCACGCGCUCGAUAAGUACCUCGCCCUCAAGUCCGUCGUCACCCCGCUGCGGGCCUCGCCAUGGAUGUGA